AUGAAGGCGACCGGCGCAAAACACGACUUACUGCGCAUGUGCGUGCUGUCCUGUUUCGUCUUCCUGCUGUCCUGCUCUUUAACCCGCGGCGGAGCGGCGGUUGGCCGAACAAUUGCUUGCCAACAGCGCGCGCUGAUGCGCAGCCGCAAGAGUCACCAGAGCGCGAGGCAAAAGGGCGGGAACUCCCACCACAGCGGCAGCAGCAGCCACCACCGGCCGCUGACAGACGAGCAGAAGGCGGACCAGAACCUGCAGUUCAUGUUGAGCUUGUACCGGAGCGCCGCGCAGCCGGACGGCAGGCCCAAACAGCACCGGAAGUUCGGCUCCAACACGGUGCGGCUGCUGAGGCCGUCCGCGUCAUCGAUGCGCCACCUGCCGGCCUCGAGAGACCACCACUACAGGUUCACAGUGCAGUACAGCCUGGACACUGUUCCCUCAGAGCAGCUGAUCAGAGCCUCCUUCAUCCACCUGCGCGCCUCCUCCUCCUCGGCCUCCUCCUCCGCCGCCCGCUGCAGGGCUCAGAUCUCCUCCCUGGGCAAAGCCAGCCUGGUCACCCUCGAGCCCCACGAGCGGUGGACGGAGACGGACAUCACCGCCCACGUCCGGCGGGGCGAGCACCGCGGCCCGGGGCGCCGCCUGACCCUCACGGCCCAGUACUGGUGCACCGAGGAAGAGGAGGGGGGCGGCGGCCUCUCGGGGUGGUGGUUCCGGAAAAGGCGUCGGAGGGGAGGCCCCCACCUGGAGGCCCCGUCCCUCCUCCUGUACCUGCAGGACGAGCGCGAGGUGACGGACUGGAUGGGCGGCCUGCUCGGGGCGGCGGGGGCGGCCAACGCCACGGCGCCGCGCCUCGGCCCGUGGCACCCGUCCCUCCAGCGGCGCCGCCGCCGCUCCAAAGACGCCGCCGCGCCGGACGUCCUGAAGGACGCCGCCUCCUCCUCCUCCUCCUUCUCCACCUCCGCCUCGUCCUCCAUCAUCGCCGACAUCCCCGCCGCCGCCGCCGCCGCCGUCCGGCGCCAGACGGCGGCGCCCAAGAAGCGCUGCAAGCUGCACUCGUUCCGCCUCUCGUUCGACGCGCUCGGCUGGGGCGACUACUUCAUCGCGCCGCCGGUGUACGACCCGCGCUUCUGCCAGGGCGACUGCCCGCCGGUGCUCACGUACGACUACCACUCGCCGAACCACGCCAUCAUCCAGACGCUGCUCAGCGAGCUGGGCGUCGGCGACGUGCCGGCGCCGUCCUGCGUGCCGUACAAGUACAUGCCCAUGAGCGUGCUGGUGAUGGACAAGAAGAAGGUGGAGUACAGGACGCUGGAGGACAUGCUGGCCGAGUCGUGCACGUGUCGCUGAGGAGACUUUAAAUGAAGAAGGGGGAGGGGCCGGUUUAAAGCACUUUAAAAUGGCGUCCGCGUCUACUUCCUGGUUGUUCUGUUAAAAAGCACUUUGCCGAUCUGCGGGCGGGCGCCACGCUUCGCAGUCGCUCAUGUAUUUUUUUCCUAACCGAGAUCAAAGGGCCGACUCAAAGUCAACCCACAGAAACGUGAUUAAUAAAUAUAUUUAAACAUCAACUUUUUUUUUUUUUUUAAGAAAAAAAAAACGUAUAUCGAGGAGUCGCGGUUUAUUAGGAAUAUUAAAACGCACGUCUUUAAUAUUCCACCUCAAACCAUUUUUCUCUCUUUCCCGUCUUGUGUGUUUUUUGUUUUUGUUUUCUUGUUGUUGUUUUUUUAACCUUAGUGUCAGUGUUUCAUAUCAGGAUGAGGAAGGAAAAAAAGAAGUGUAUUUUCAUGUAUAAAAAAAAAAAAAAA